GUCGGCUCCUGUCAGCGGCGGCCGUUGCCCGGCGCUGGGCGGGAGAGGGCGGGCGCUAUGGCUGACAGCGGAGAGCCCCCGGCGGCUCCCGCCGAGGUCCCUCCGGGCUCGCCGGCGCAGAAGCGGCGGCCGGGCGGCUCCUCCAGCGCGGGUGCCGCCGGGGCGGAGGGCCCGGCGGCGGCGGCGGCCGUGCCGAGGCUGCCGCUGGGCGGCCCGGCGGGGAUGUCGCUGCCGCGGCUGGAGAAGCCGAUCAAGCAGGCCUUCUACAACACGGGAGCGCUGCUCUUCGCGGGGCUGUGCUGCGGAGCCGCCGUCCUGGUUUACUUCAUCCUGGAGGCCUUCCUGCGGCCGCUGCUCUGGGCCGUGCUCUGCGGCACCUUCCUGCACCCCUUCAAGAGCUCCCUGACGGCGCUGGGCCGCCGCUGGCUCGGCCGCCUGCACCGCUCCCGCACGCCCGUCCUGCUGGCCGCCCUCCUGCUCCCCAUCUGCUUCGCCAACUACGGGGUGGAGGCGCUGGGGGAGCAGGUGCUGCGGCGGCGGCGGCUCCUGCUGCUCCUGGGAGCCGGGGGACCGCUGCUCUACGGGCUCCACUGCCUGGGCAGCUCCCUGGGCGUGCAGGUGCUGCUGGCCCAAGCCGCCUGCCUCAUCUGCCAGGGGCUGGAUUACUUCAGCAGCCAGUGGAUAUGGACGUUGGUAGUUGGUUACCUGCUGAUGGUUUCAUUCAAGUGGAAUAUAAGCACGGAACGUUACUUAAAAGCAAUCUCUGUCCCUGUCUGGAUUAUGCUGCUCUUUCACUUAGCUUCGGUGGCAGGUUCCUGGAGGAUUCCUGUGUUUCUGGUUAUAGUUGUUCUGAUGACUGUAGGCAUGUUGCAUGAACAGCAGAAUGGAAAGGAGUCUUCUGGGGCAGAGCUUCCUGGUCAGAUGAUUUCCAUUGCUGCUUCAACAAUUGCCAUGGCAAUUUCAAUGACAGAAGAUGAGUCCAAUAAUGAACGUUCCUCACAACCCUCAGAACACCAGUGCAGAUUUCUACGGCAAAAGAAGACCGUUCAUCCAGUGUGUGAGGCUGCAGAAUUUGUCACUUACCACUACUGUACACGAGCAACAGAAGGUGAUCAGCCUCCACAUGCUUCAUCAUCUUUCUCCUCUUCAUCCUCUUCUGGGAGCAGACAAAGACCUGAGAUUGGAUCUUUUCUUAGAAAAAAGAAAACUAGUGAUAUUUACUUUGUUACACUAGUGUGGGCCAUUGUCAUUGUCCAGAUCUGGCUAAAUUUCUGGAUUGUGCAGCUAUUGCCGGUGCCUUUUGCAGUUUGGGCACUUAAAAAACUCGUGGUUCAUUUUGGAGUUUUGAACUUCGUGGCAAACCAUUGCAAAAGUUGGUGGCAACUUGUUGAAAAUUUUGUGAAGGAACGUCAGGAAGCUCUUGCUCCAAGGCCCAUCAGAGGGCUCGGAAGAGUCAUGCUAAAGCUUGACAGUAAGCUGUGGCACUGGCUUAAUAAGAAGAUGAUCGUGUGGUUGGAGAAAAUGCUAGAUAAAAUAAUCAGCAUUUUCAUAAUAUUUUUGCUAGUGAUAGGAACCCUUCUGCUAGCCCUGCUCCUUACUGCAAAGGUACAUCAAGAGAGUGUUCACAUGAUUCAAGUCACAAGCAGCUUGAUCAAUGAGACAGUAGCCAGUCACCCAGAAUGGGCAAACUGGCUGCCAGAAGCCCAGGUUAUUCAGAAGGCACUCAAUUCAGCAGCUAAUAACGUGUACCAAUAUGGUCGAGAAUGGAUUACACAUAAGCUCCAUAAGAUUUUAGGAGAAAAAGUGAAUAACACCGCUGUGAUUGAAAAACAAGUGCUAGAGCUCUGGGACAGGCUUUAUCAUUCUUGGUUUGUGAAGAAUGUAACACACUCUGGAAGACACAAAGGACACAAAUGGCACAUAAACCGUCAAAACAGCUGGCUUGGUGAUAUUCUGGACUGGCAAGAUGUCGCAUCAUUUGUUCAUGAUAACAUUGAAACAUUUCUUUCGAUCCUGGAGUCUCUGUGGAUAGUGAUGAGUCGCAAUGUGAGCCUGUUGUUUACUACAGUUACAACAUUAGUGACAAUCCUCUUCCAUAGUGGGACAGCUCUUCUCAAUUUUGUGCUUUCAGUGGUGAUUUUUCUGACCACACUUUUCUACCUAUUGAGUUCCAGUGAUGAGUACUACAAGCCAGUGAAGUGGGUGAUAAGCCUGACACCUUUGUCUCAGCCAGGUCCCUCCUCAAAUAUAGUCGGCCAGUCGGUGGAGGAAGCAAUAAGAGGUGUAUUUGAUGCUUCCCUCAAAAUGGCUGGGUUCUAUGGACUCUACACUUGGCUGACUCACACUAUAUUUGGGAUUAACAUAGUCUUCAUACCAUCUGCAUUAGCAGCAAUCCUUGGAGCAGUGCCGUUUCUGGGGACAUACUGGGCAGCCAUCCCUGCAGUUCUAGAUUUGUGGCUUGUGCAAGGACAAGGAUGCAAAGCCAUUUUGCUUUUGGUUUUUCACCUCUUGCCAACCUAUUUUGUAGAUACAGCAAUUUAUUCAGAUAUAUCAGGAGGUGGUCAUCCUUACCUGACAGGGCUUGCGGUAGCUGGUGGAGCAUAUUACCUGGGACUGGAAGGAGCCAUCAUAGGACCAAUUCUACUUUGUAUACUUGUGGUUGCUUCCAACAUAUAUAGUGCCAUGUUGGUGAGUCCAACAAAUUCAGUGCCCACUCCAUCGCAAGCAGCGUGGCCAUUACAGAUUUACCGGUCAUCUAGAGAGAGUCCUGAGGAGGUGAAAAUGGCUGCAGAGUGAUGAAGGCACUGUGCCGCGCCUGUUCAACAUGAGAGAAUCUGUCUUCUGUCUUGAGUUCACAACAGCCAUGGCCUUCUGUCCACUUCCAGCUGUGCCUAGGGGCAGCUCACAGGGAAGCAUAGCUUAGGCUUUAGGAGAAACCACUUCUCGAACAUCUGCUGGCCUUACAUUAUUGUGCACUUUGCCUCUUCAAGAGAGAAUGUCUACUUCCCAUGGCUUUGCAUACUAACACACAGUUCAACUGCCUUGUUGAAGACCUUCUGUCUUCAUAAAAAGAAUAGUGAAGAGGACAGCUAUAUCCACUGGAGUCAUUAUCUUAUCUGCUGAAAUAACUAACUUGGCUUUUAUUUAUUGGGUUAUUUGUGUUAUUAAAUUGUAGUAACUUUAAAGAAAGCUAAUUCCAAAAUAUUUAUUCUCAGUUAAUCUGGUGGGAAAAAAGGUGUAAACCACUCAUUGUUAAAUGAAAGUAGAAUAUACUUAUUUGCUGCUCCUCAGAGUAUUUCUUUAGAGGCUUUGACCAUCAUCUGUAACUCAUAAGAACACUUAAAUAUUACUGUCUUAUAUGCACUGAAAUUUAAUGUUGUUGGAGACUGGUAUUUCUAGUAUCUUCCUGAAAUUAGUAAACAUGCGACUUGUUAAAUGUGGGUUUUCCUCCUAUUGAAAUAGGAGGACUUGUUUAAAUCUUGCCCUCGUUUGCAGUGAAAUGUGAUAGUAUUUUGCUGUUUACCCACCAUCGCAGUGGAGUCAUCUUGUCAACUAAAUUUAAUCAAAGGCCUUAAGCGUUUUCAGGCAGAGGUAAUGUAUGAUUGUCAUGUCUGCUUCCAGUAAUAGGAAGAAGUUGAAUGGGGGUUGUUCAGUGUUGGUUUUCAAAUGCUGUGGCUGAGUUCAAUUAACUUUUCAAACAAAUUUAAGUUUAUUUCCAAAGAGGAAGGGGAGAGAGCAUGGAGUUUGGUUUGGUUUGGUUUAGUUUGGGUUUUUUUCCCCUGUAAGGCUCUGGCGAAAUAUCUUAAUAAGUUAUAAAAUAUAUCUUAUAAAUUAAGAUAUAUCUUAAUAAUAAACAGAGUUCUUAAAUGCCUGAAAUGGUGUGUUGCCUAGGUCACAGCAUCAAACUCCUCUAGUGUUUUUCUUCCAUAUGUAAUUUUGCUUAAAUUGCAGGUUUGGUGACAUUUAAGGCCUUUUGUAUUGACUGUUGAAAUAUUUUGACACAAUGGAUCUUUAUAAAUGGAUCCUUUUUAUAAAUAGGAAGCGGGAUUUUUCGUAGAAAUUUCAUACUUGAACAGCUUUUCCACAAAUACGGUGAGGCCCUGGGUACAAAGUAGCAGAUGCAUGUGCUUAACCAAAGAACCACCUUUCAGUUUCUAGUAACUUCUCUUGAAUUUAUUUCGGAGUUUGAUAAUGAGUUAUACAAAAUACAGGCAUGCCUUGCAUUUAUUGUUGACGGUCAUGCAACUGUUGCAACAAAAAUCUCUUCUUAUCUAGCGAUAAGGAUAUCCAAGAUUUGUGUACAAAUAGCUCUCGCUAACAUCGAUGUUUGUUUUACUCAAGUUGCAGAAGUGCUGAUAGAUGUGGAAGGCUCUUAUUUUCCCAAUAUUGCAUGUAUUUUUGUAUUGUUUCUAAAAAUACAUUGCCAUAGAAAGUGAUUGGAAGGCACUCUGAUACUAAGCAAAAAAGUCCUGCUAUAGGUUUGCAAUAAACAGGCUGCCUAUUAAGACACAAAUAGCCUACUCCUCAGAUUCUCAAAAUUAGCUGCUGCAACUUUACAGAUGAAAUUUUAUGCUUAAAUGAGGGGUUUCAAGGAUGCUGGUUUUACACUUUCAAACUCGCAGGUAAGUGUUUGGAGGACAGACUCAGGCUUAAUUUAGUGGUUUGACUCAAGUUCAUUGAAAUACAGAAACAUCCCAUUUAAUAUUUUAAAUUCUGAAAGACUUACAGAUCAAUUCCAACUAACUGAAUAAGAAGGAUGUAUUGCUUGAAUUAACUGUCCUGUACUUUUAUUUCCUUGGUUUUGUGGCUCACAUCAAAUCUUUAAUGCAACACUUUUUUACAAUUGUUGCUGGCUGGGGUGGAGGACAACAAAGAACCUGAGGCUGUCCCCAAGUACUCCUGCAACAUUCUAACCAGCUUGAAUGAGACCACCCUGAUACUUGGGAAACUUCUUUAUUAUGUUACUUUUUUUAGUUCACAGUUUUGCACUGAAAUGUUGUGUUCUUAUUAUAGCUUCUUGUAGAGAGCAUUUGAAGAAGAUUACUAGCAAGAAAUACGCAUCUUUAAUGUAUUUCCAGUUUUCCAUUGCUCCUCUUUGCUCACUGGUCAAGGUGUUUCUGUUGACCACAUUUGCUAUCCCAGUUAUUUCUGAGACAAUCUUUCAGAUUCCUAUGGUACUCAACAAAGUCAUUUUAAAGAGUCAUUCUAAAGCAUUCUUUUAUUUGUUUUUAAGUUUUCCUCUUCUCCCUCUCCCUUUACCCAACCCCCUUAGACCUCUGCUGUGAAGAUUAAAAUGGUAUUUCAGACACAGUUAUCUUCAAUAAUGGCAAAUCAGUCAAAUCAGCUGAGAAGAUCUGUUGCUAUUUUGAAAUGGUCCUUUCCCAACAUGAAGAAUUCAUAUCUGAUGUAGUCUUCUUAGUUUGUCCUCCUUUGAAAUGAGGCUUCAUAUUGAUGCUUCCUGUUUCAAAUUCAGCUAGGACUUGCUAUGAAGAACCCUCCGUGGGGGAGUCUUUCUACCUACUGAGUCUUUCUCAGUAAAUGUAGUUUAAGGAGCUCAUGCUAUGUGCCAUGCCUGACUGAGGAACCAAUUGUAUGGUUCUGUGGUGGUACAGUAACAAUAUACUGACAAAAAGAAAAGAAGAAACAAAACCUCCAGUAAUACCUUCUUAGAAUAUGAAAUAUUCACUGAAUUUUGCCAUGUUUAGAAAAACAAAACAAAACACCACAUUAUGAAAAAGCGUACCUUGAUUAUUUAGGGUUUAUCUUUAGCGUCUGAUUACCAGUAGAAAUACAAGAACUUGUCCUUGCGUAUUUAACAAUCUAUAUUCUUUUCUGAAAAGAAACAGCCUCUUUAAGAACAGUUUAGUUUAGAUCAGUCUCGCAUUAAUGUGAAAAUAAUCAAACUGGUCAUUUUGACUUCUGGUCAUUGUAAUGUACCAGUUCCUGGUUACAUUGCCUCAUCUGCAUAAGCAAGCAGCAGCUCUGUGGGAUAAGUGGGCUAAGCUUUUAGAUGGCUUGUGGGUUUCAAAAAAAAAAGGGGGGGGGGGGGGGAAUUCCUCACACGCCUGUUUCUUUAGCGGCAUUAAGUUUUCUUGGGAGAGACCAUCUUUUUCAUAAUGCUUAUAUGCAAGAAGUUGAUGGCCUUUAACUUUACUGUAAACAAUCAUUCCAGGAGCAGGUAUUUACUUGUGUUUAGUACAUUUAGUAUUCAAUUUGAGCAAAACCAAUUUGGAAUUCAGAAGGGAAUGCUUGUAGUAAACCAUAACAAUAUGGUCUCAUGGUAUUGUAAAAUACAACUGCACUGGUUUUUAUCAUUCUCUUCUAGCAAAUCAAGCUUGUUUUAAGUAAGUAUAGUGCCAAAGGGCUAGUGGUAACUGUUUCUUGAACCAAGUUAGCCGUUCCUCCCCUUCCUGUACCUUAGCUGAGCAUUACUGUGCUGUAGCAGAGCUAGCAGAAGUGAAUGUGUGCUGGUUUACAGCCUAGUGUGUUAACUUCAGGUCACUGUAAAUACUGCUUUAAUUUAAUACAUGAAGCAACAAACUGCAAUGGGCAAAAAUCUGGCACACAUUCAUUUUGCCAGCCUUACUACAAUAUGGUGACUUUCAGCACACAGAUGCUGUGACCAGUUGGGAGCAGUAAUGACUUAUUUUGAAAGAUUGCUUUUUUUUUUUUUUAAAGUUUAACAUUGUAGUCAUACAUAUGAUAUACAUUUUUCAGAAAUUAAGUUGAUACCCACGUAUCUAAUAAUAGAGACAGCGGUCAGAUAUUUCCAUGCGCAACGGUAUGUAUUCGCAGCUCAUCUAGGGUACAUUUAGGCUUGUCUGAUUUCAAGGACUAUGUGGCUUCUCUUCAAGACUUUGGGGAGAAAGAUAUACUUAUGUGUAUUUUGUCAGUGAUUAUUGGAUUAGGAAACCCAUAAUCUCUUUAAUUAAACAAAAGAAGAAAAAAAGCAUUGUGUAAGGAAGAUUGGAUGCUGUCUCCAGUAUUACACAUUGUGGGUAUUGGUGUAACUUCUGAAAUAGGUAUACGGGUGCAAUGUUAAACAUUGUUUUCCAGAAAGCCUGGAAGUAGAAAACUGGAUAAAAUUGUUCCCCAGCAAAAGCAGCAGCAGAAUUGCUAUGCUGCUAAUCCCUAGUACUGGUGACAGAAUACUGCAGAGUGCUGCCUUUCCUACGGACCUGAUAAACUAAGGAUGGGAAAAUACCAUUGCUCUACUGAGACUCUGUAGCUUUGCAUCAGUGGUAGAAGAUGCUCCUACAUUGCCUUUAUUCAAACAUUGUGUUUAUAUUGUAUUGGCUUAAGCUUGUCACUGCAGAUAGUGCCAACUUUAUGGAUACUACCUCUGGAAACAGCUACAACUUCCUUCAGAAGGUGCUGAAAGCUGUUGGGAUUGGAGUUAGUAUUCAUUAUGUUUCACAAUGGAGGUAGCAUUCUUCUUCUAGGGAUGCAGUUGUUUGCCUUGAAAUUUGCAAUUUUACAAGAGAAAAUUGAUUUCCCAAUUAAGUAAUCUUUAUUGAGUGACAGCUGGCAUCUCUUAAAUCCAUGGAUGCAUCAUCUUUAUAAACUCUAUCUCAGCUUGUAUUUCAAAGGGUUUCUUAUUAUUUCUUAUGCUUUGUGGUGAAGCAUACUUUGGGAAUUCCUUUCUUACUUCUACAAAACUAGAAUUACCUAAAACUCUUAACAAACGUUAGGGAGGCUUGACCUUUAACCUGAUACUGUUUAUCUGUCACUUUUAGUAAAAUACCUUAAUGCUUUAUGGUAAAAUUCUCCAAAAUUGCUUUUAAGUGAUAAAAUUGGAAAUUAAAAGAAAAAAAAUUGCAAUGUAGAAAAUGAACUUGGUAUUUUGAAACCAGAAACAAUGCCGGAAUUGAUGAGCAUAUUCAGGGAUUCUACACUGGGUUUGUAAAUGUAUAUAUAUCGAUAUGCAGCGUUAUAUAAAUACGAGCAGUGUCUGUCCUAUUCAGACUUUUACUGACAUUUUGUCCUAUCUUUUUUUUUAAGAUACCUAAGAACAAAAUAGUGCCUGUAUAUAGUGAAAACAAGCAACAUUUUCUAGAAUUAAUGUUUACUUGAUAAAGGUUGGGGAGGAGCCGAGCAAAUACUGGUAGGAUGGCUAGAACUGUUUUGUUGUAAUACAAAGUUGGGAAAAGCUGUUCUUCCAUCUAGUAAUACAUUGCUAAGAGAUUACUGUUCCUGGAAGUAUUUGCAUACAUCUACUAAAGAGCUGCCAAAAUUAAUAGGUCAUGAAAUACGUCUUCAGUUCCCUAGUCUCUUAAGCUCUUCCACGCUUCGUCUGGUAUCUUGUUUUGAAUCUGGUUUAGUACAUGAGAGUAUUGCUUCAUCCUCUUUUUGGGAUCGAUUCCAGGACCUGAAGGGCAUGCUUUGAAUGUCCAUACUGAAAUAGUAUGUCCAAUUCAGGAAGGAAUUGCUAAUUGGCGAGUAAAUGCAUCCUUGAUGUGCUCUGCACAUGGAUGGACUUGGACAAACAUAAUUCAUGUUGCACUGAAUUAGAGAUUAUUCUUUGAAUAUAGCACUAUGUGGCGAUACCAAAGCUAGGUUUGAGUUAGAACCAGGGUGUAUUUGCUUGCAGCAGGAUGCAUUUGCAAGGUAAUGGAGGCAGAGUGAGUGCUCUAGCAUCCAUGUAUAUAUCUGAAGAGUUUUCAGCAUGACGGUUUUAAAGCUUUUCCCUUUGGUAAAUUUCACCAAACCAAAUCCAAAGAAAGUUUUGACAUCAGGUCCUAAGACUGGCUAGAUGCUACUCAAACCUUACAGCAGAUCUUUUGCAUUACAGAGCGCGGGUUGUUCUAAAGCGUGCAUUCCUACCCAGAAGCUGUGGGGAUUUGGAGCAAUAACUUCUGUUGUCUGUUGAUGCAAGUGUUGUCUGUAAAUGUACACAUGAUACAUCUUCAGAAAGGAACUAUGUUCUAAACUAAUGUUGCCAUAGUUGGUUUUGGUACAGUACCUGGUUUUGCAUGUAUAAUAUUGAAAAUAUAACCCCUGUGUCCAUCUGUGGCAGAACAAAAUGUGUGAGUUAAGAUUGAGAAGUACUCAUGUAGACUGCAGAGGUAUUUGAACUAAAUAAUUUUGAUUGUAUGCACCAGUCCUCUUCCUAAUAAAAAAGUUUUUUGUAGCAGGAUUAAGAAGCUUUUAACUUAAUAUUGUAUUCACACUGCAGUCCUUUGUAAGCACAGAAUGGUUAAUAUAUUUUGAAAUAAAAUGCUGUUAAUGUAAAGAAAA